CGUCACAUACUCAUGUUGUAGUGCCGGCGCAUGUGCAGGUCAAAACGCUACCGCUAUUCCUUCGCAUAGCCUCAGCUCAGCAGGUGGGAUUAUUGAUUAGCAUCCCUAGGACUAAUAUGCUCUGGUAACUAACUAAUCCGUUGAUACUGCUAUAAUUUACACAUUCUAUAUUGCAAUUAUUCAUUCGCAUUUCGUUUUUUGCUUCAUCCUCAUUCCAUUUUCAUAAUCUCCCCUUCACCUUAUCCUACCCAGACCCCAUCUAAUUCAUCCUUACCCCAUUAAUCCUUACCCCAUUAAUCCUUACCCCAUUCAUUCUUACCCCAUUCAUCCUUACUCUGUUUACCUUUAUACUCAUUCAUGUCAGAUCCAGUAUCCUCCCAAGCCUCUCUGCGAGGAACGCGCUUGGUAUCGCCGGCCCAGCCGCUACAGGGCCUUGCGCUAUCAGACGAAGCGCCCAUCAUCGCGAAACAACUCAAGUCCGUCCGUAGGCACAGCACAUCCCGCCGCUUUGAUGCCCAUGCCCUCAACUUGGACUUCAAAAACCCCCAGGUACACAAGACACUGGGCGCGCAAGUCACCGGUCACAAGUCCACAGAGGCACCCGUGCACCCCACGUCGCCCAACAUAGAGAUCCCCCAGCUCUCGGCGAUCUUGCUCGAUGUGCGGAAAUCUAUCAUGAGCGGCGCGCACAUCGACAUGAACGCCAACCAGACGACGCUACCAGACACCCCGAGCCUGCUGCGCAAGCUCCAUGUAUCGCGCCAAACACUCCUCCGCGCAGAGCGUGUCAAUGCCACGUUCCGCCUCUACUAUAUGAACCUCGAACAGUCACAGUACUCGAUGGCUGCAGACACAGACGAACCACCUGAUAUCCGCACAAACUUCCCCGGCGUGGUGGGCGUGUACAAUCCGCUCCAAACGAUACGCAACCGCGCGAUCCGUGCACAGUUCGGCGAGCUCGCACGCGACUUGUCGGUCAAAACCAUCACGCCUGCAUCCGAGUGCUUCUCGAUGCGCAAGCAGCAUCUCGUGUGGCAGGUGGACAUCAACGAGGCGCUCGCGGACUACGGUUGGCGGUCCAAGCACUGGGGUGACUUGCGAGCCCCCAAUGGCGAGUUGUGGUUCCCGUGGGCCGUGCACGAGCACCGCCGCCGGCCUAAAGCGCCGUCAGAAGACCUGCAGAGCCCACCCCCUGACCGCCGCGAGUCGCAGUUCCUCAACCCAGACUAUGUUCCAUCUGGCGGGCCCAGCCUCUCCGCGCUCACCCACAGUCGCCAGAACUCGUCCCACGGCGAUCGCAGUCGCAGCCGCAGCCGUACUGACAAGGCGUUUCUGCGACUCUCCGCGGUGCUCAAAUCGUCUCGUUCCCAUUCGCCAUCGGGGUCCGAGGCGGAAGACUAUGAUCUUUCGGCUGAGGAGCGAUACAUUUCGGACUAUGAGACGAAUGCCUCGGUAGACGCACGGGAAACCUUGCUCAGCGUUCCUGUGAGCAGCAUCAAGCCCAGCAUGGCGAGUUCGCGCCUCGAAACGCCUACACCUAGCGCAUUGAACUUGGCGAGGCGCGCGCAGUCGCGUGCGACCGAGCAACACGACUCCGACAGCGAUGAUGAGCGCGACGUUCAGAAAGCCAACUCGUUCGUCCAGAUCCUCAAGUACCUCUCCGUGAAGAAUACCAUCAGUCAAAAGAACAUCAUCAACAAGCCGUAUCUCCAGCAAAAGGCUAUCAUGCGCCACGCGCCAGCUAUGCGCGCGAACUUGAGCGAAUUCCGCCGUGAUGCGGAAACGAUGGAGACCAAGGUGAUCCCGCAGUACGAGACGUUCUUGUCCGAAAACAACCAGGUCAUUGGCGCGUACAAGCACGAGUUCAAUCGCUACUCCAAUCAGAUCGAUGCGUUGCUUUCGUCUGCGGACCGUUCCAUUGUGGAGAUCAACACUUCAUUAACGCUUCAAUUGAGGAAGAUCAGUGAGCGCAUUGAGAAGAUCGACCCGCACAAGCACUCCAGUGGUAUCGUCGGUGCUGACAUGCGCUCGCGUGUUCUCGAAAAUGCCGUUGUGGUGGUGCUCUGGGCCGUAUGGGGCAUCGUAUCUGUGCUCCGCAUCCUCCGUGGUGUCUGGCGUGCGCUCUGGGCGCUCUUGUGGUGGGUCAUCCGGUUGAUGUCGUAAGAGAUAAUGGGUAUUUAUUAGGUGGUUUAUAAUUGAGGUUAUCACCUGGUCUUUUUUUAGAAGAAAAAAAUGCUUGACUCGACUGAGAGUAAUCUAUGAUUGAAUGAUGUGAUUGUGCAGUACUUGAUCGACUCUUAUUCUGCGAUAACUCAGCCCGGAUCAUGAAAUACAUCUGU